UGUGAACAAGAAGAAGAAAAUAAAGCGUGUGCUAAUUUGAGGUUAAAAAAUUUCAAAUAAUCAAAAAUGCUAAAAGAUAAUGUAAGGAAACUAUAUUUUAAGUGAUACUAGAAAGAAUUAGAAUGGCACAGUGUAAAAUCCAUAAUAUUAGAUUCUAUAAUCCAGAACCUCAAGGAAUUAGAUGUAUGAAGAUUCAGAAUUCCACCAAAAAGCUAGCCUUAUGUAGAACAGACGCAACUAUAGAAAUAUGGAACCUACAGGAAACAUGGCUUUUAGAAAGAACACUAGCCCCUAGCACAGAGAAUUUUAGUGUAGAAGAUAUUGUGUGGUGUGAUAAUCGACUUUUUAGUGUAGGACUCCAUGGAUUGUUAAUCCAGUACAAUUUGUCUAAACUUUGUAUAGAAAAUCGAUGGGCAGUUACUGGGGAGGCAGCCCAUUGCUUAGAUAUUAAUAACACUAAUUCCAAAAUUGCUAUUGGAACAGAACAAGGGUAUUUGAAUAUAUUUAGCGUAAAUAAAGAUGGAGUAUAUUUCGAAAAAUUCUUAGAUAAACAAGAAGGGCGAAUAAUGUGUCUUAAAUUUGAUGCCACUGGUGACUUUAUUGCAAGUGGAAGCAUUGAUGCCAUUAGAAUAUGGAAUGUACAGUCUGGUCAUGCUAUUCACAAAAUGACAACAGGAAGAGUAGAAACCAACAAGCCAACUAUUGUGUGGUGUAUCGAUAUAACUGAUGACUUUACAGUGAUUGCUGGAGACUCAAGGGGAAAACUGUCUUUUUGGGAUGGUAAAGUUGGCUCCCAAAUAGAAAGUUAUCAGUCCCAUAAGGCCGAUAUUUUGUCAAUUACGUUAUCUAGUGACCAAAGUAAGUUAUACUGUGCAGGAGUUGAUCCAACCAUUACCACUUAUCAAAAAGUCACUAUCAAGGGUGGUACACAAAAGUGGGUUAGAAGUAUCCAAAGAAAAAUUCAUGAACACGAUGUGAAUUCACUUGUUUUGUUGGAUAACAAACUAUAUUCUGGAGGAGCAGACAGCUACUUAGCAUGCAGUUAUCAUCCUCCUAAGACUCUCCUUAAACUACCACCGUUACUUCAAAACCCUUGUGCUCACGUUGCAUCAUCUUCAAAUUAUUUAUUAUUAAAGUUUCCGAAGCAUAUCGAAUUAUGGAGUCUUGGAAAGAGCAAAAAUGUUGAUGCCAGUUUUAGGGGAUUGAUUGCUUUGAAAGAAGAACCAAAAAAACUGUUAGAAUUGAAAAGGGUAACCAAAAAUGAUGAUGGUGAAGAAGAUAAAGAAGGAAUAAUUUCUUGUGCUAUAUCUAAUAAUGGAAAAUGGAUCGUAUAUAGUACUGCAAAAGGUGUGAAUCUAUUCCAAUUUAUACAUGACGAAGAAACACCCAAUCUUAUAAAAGUAGAUGACCUGGAAAAUAAAGAUAUUCCAUGUUUACUAGUAGCCUUUGCCCCAAAUAAUUCACAACUAAUUGCAUGUCAAAACACAGGAAAUAUUGUUAUUUAUAAGCUUUUAGAUCAGAGAGUUUCCAUAUCCCAAGUGAUUCCGUGUGAUGAGAUAUUUACAUGUAUAACUUUUCUACUUGUUAGUUCGUGUAGUAAAUAUAUAGUCGUAGGCGAUCCUGACAGUAAUAUAGUAGUGUUUGCAUGGAAUGCAAAGAAACAAGAAUGGAUGCAUCACUGUAAACUUCCCAAAUACAGAUGCCCUCCUACUGCCAUGGCCAUUCAUCCUUCAUCUACAAACUUAGUGGUGGUUUAUUCGGACUGUAAAUUAAUAGAGUAUGACAUUGUUAAAAAACAUUUUACAUUGUUUUCAAGAGGUUUUGAAAACAGUGAGUGGAAAUCGAGGCCGUACCCAAUCAGAAACAUUGCUUUUGAUCCUAGAAGAGAAAAUAUUAUCAUGCUACAAGAUGACAGUAAUAUAAUAAUCAUCAAUAAAGACACUACUGGAAAAAACCAGAAAGAAACUAUGGAAAAGAAUGAGAAAGAAACUACUGAAAACAAACCCAAAGUUCCAAAAAAAUAUUCUACAGAUGUUAUUAAAAAAAAUGAUAAUGAUGUUCCCAAAAAUUUUAAUAUGAAUUCAAUUAAAAAGUACAAGCAUUUGGCACAUCUGGAAUGGCUUCAUGAAGAUGAGUUGGUGGUUAUCGAAGUACAUCCUUUGAAUAUAAUAACACAACUACCACCAGCGUUUGAGCAACACAAAUUUGGAAAGAAAUAAGUAUUGUAUUAAGUUUUUUAUUAAAUGUUUUUAAUAAAUUAUUGUUUUAGUUUUUUAA